AUGCUCGCCUCUUUUAUACCUCCCACCUGCGUUGCUCUUUACCCCCACGCUCAGCAGCCAAUCGUUGCUCUCUACAGUCCCACCUCAUUGCUAUCCUGGAACUUUCUGGAAGCGAAAAUCAACAACGUUCUGCAGAGUAAGGGAUCGAAUGCGGUCAAGGUUUACGCCGUGCUUGCCGCAAAAUUCACCGUUAUGAAGAAUGAUGAAGAGGUGUUCGAUACGAAGUUCUUCAACACGAAGGCAGCACCGAUCUUCGGCACCACUGAUAUACGCCGAUGGUUCGCGGAGAACAUUCAGGAGCCCAUUCAGACGGAUCUGGAGGAAUUCGAGGAGCAAGGUUCAGGCUGGUCGUUGCAUUCCAUCAUCAACAUGACGCUGCACAUCAACAAGUUCAAUCCGAUGCGUGGCAGCUCUUACGUGGAUCUGCCGGCCAAGAUACGAAACAAGAACGCCUGCAUCAACGUCCAGAACAACGACGAGCAGUGCUUCAAGUGGGCCAUACUAUCGGCGCUUCAUCCCACCAAUUAUUCCAACCGUGUCUCCGAAUACAGACGGUACGAGCAGGAAUUAAACUUUGACGGGAUCGAGUUCCCCGUGGAGCCACGUAAAAUCUCCAAAUUCGAGAAGCAAAACGAGGUCUCAGUCAACGUCUACAUAUUGAAGAAGAAGAAGCAUGACUUCGACGUGUUGCCCCUACACGUGACGGAUGCGAAGAAGCAACGACACGUCAAUCUACUCCUAGUGCAGGACCAUUACGUGGAGGAGGAGGGUGAGGAAGAGGAUGAGGAGUGCUACGCGAUCCCGAGGCUCCAUUACGUGUGGAUUAAGGACCUGUCUCGUCUGGUAUCAACCCAAUUGUCGAACGGUAAGCGCAAACUGCACAUCUGCGAUCGCUGCCUCCACUUCUACCACACCGAAGACAAGCUGGCAGCACACGAAGUUGAUUGCAAGAAAGUCAACAAGUGCAAGGUCACCAUGCCCAAAUGGGCGAACAGGAUGCUUCGUUUCAAGAACCAUGGGCACAAGGAGCGCGUACCUUUCAUCAUGUAUGCCGACUUCGAGUGCUUGCUGAAACCGACCCGGGACGAGAAUGCCUAUCAGAGCCACGAGGCAUUCAGCGUGGGGUACUAUGUGAAGUGUAGCUACGACGACUCACUAUCGCGCUACCGCAGUCACAGGGGGCCGAAGCCCGCGGAAUGGUUCGUCAGGGAGCUGCAGAACUUCGCUCAAGAACUGGACAAUGUUCACGCGAACCCUCGGCCCAUGGAAGCACUGACGCGGCAACAGGUCCGAGAGUUCCACAACGCCAUCGAGUGCCACAUCUGCCAGAAACCCCUAUUGGGCGGCGACCGAGUGAGAGACCACUGCCAUCUGACGGGCAAGUACCGCGGAGCAGCGCACAACGAGUGCAACCUGAACUAUCAGGACUCGAGGACCGUGCCCAUCGUCUUCCACAAUCUCACCGGCUACGACUCGCACUUCAUCAUACGGGAAAUCGCCACAUGCUUCCCCGGUCCAGUCGAGGUCUUGCCCGAGACGAAGGAACGCUACAUCUCGUUCACGAAGCACGUUGCCGGCAGCGAUGUGAAGUUUCGCUUCAUCGACUCGUUCCGCUUCAUGGCGUCGUCGCUGGAAAAACUAGCAUCGGACUUGAGUGAGCUGCGGAUCGUGAGGGGUGAAUUCCCCCACCUGUCCGAUGAGAAAUUCGAGCUGCUCACGAGGAAGGGUGUGUUCCCCUACGAGUACGCCGACUCUGUGGACAAAUUGCAGGAUAUCGAGCUACCGCCAAAAGCGAGCUUCCACAGUUCACUGACGGGCAGCGACAUCUCGGACGCGGACUACGAGCACGCCAAGAGAGUGUGGGACGAGUUCGAGAUCCGGAGCUUGGGCGAAUACUCGGACCUGUACUUGAAAACGGAUGUGCUUCUCCUUGCCGAUGUCUUCGAGAACUUCCGCAACAACUCUGUCGCAGCAUACGGCCUGGACCCCGCCCACUACUACACACUGCCAGGCUACUCUUGGGACGCGAUGUUUAGGUACACCCAGGUCCAGCUAGAACUCCUCACCGACCCCGAUAUGCACCUCUUCGUCGAGCAAGGAAUACGCGGGGGUAUUAGCCAGUGCUCCAACCGAUACGCCCGGGCCAACAACAAAUACAUGAGCGACUACGACGCCAAUGAGGAGGCCAAGUAUCUGAUGUACUUCGACGUGAACAAUUUGUAUGGCCGAGCGAUGAUGGAGUACCUGCCGCAAGGAGGCUUCGAGUGGUUCACCGGCCAUAACGUCGACUUCCUCAAUGUGCCGGACGACUCGCCUGUCGGAUACAUCCUCGAAGUGGAUCUCGACUACCCGGAGAAUUGUCACGACUCGCACAAAGACCUGCCGCUGUGUCCCGAGCACAAGAGCGCCCCCGGCUCGAAACAGAACAAGCUCAUGACUACGCUGGAGCCGAAGAAGCGCUACAUCCUCCACUACCGCAACUUGAAGCAGGCUGUGCAGCAGGGGAUGAAACUCGUACGCGUCCAUCGCGUCUUGAAGUUCAGACAGUCCGCAUGGCUACGACCCUACAUCGAGCUGAACAGCGAGUUGCGAAAACGGGCGCGGAAUGAGUUUGAGAAGAAUCUCUACAAACUCAUGAACAACGCGGUGUUCGGCAAGACGAUGGAGAACGUACGCAAACACGUGACUGUGAAGCUGGUGAGGAAGUGGGGUGGGCGCUACGGGGCCGAAGCACUCAUCGCCAAGCCGAAUUUCCAUAGCUGCUCCAUCUUCGGGGAGAACCUCGUGGCGAUUCAGCUCACGAAGACGGAGGUUUAUCUCAAUAAGCCGAUCUACGUGGGGCUGAGCGUGCUGGACCUAUCGAAGAUCCACGUAUACGACUUCCACUACGAGUACAUGAAGCGGGAAUUCGACGAUCGAUGCAAGCUCCUCUACACCGACACCGACAGCCUGCUCUACGAGAUUCGCUGCAACGACAUCUAUGCCAUCAUGAAGCGCGAUAUCAAGCGAUUCGACACGUCCGAUUACCCGCCGAACAACCGGUUUGGCAUGCCACAGGCCAAUAAAAAGGUGAUCGGCCUUAUGAAGGAUGAGUGCAACGGCCGCAUCAUGACCGAGUUCGUGGGCUUGCGCAGUAAGAUGUAUUGCGUCCGUGUGGAGGGGCGUGAUCGCAUCAAGAGGGUCAAGGGCGUGAAGAGGAGCGUGGUCGAGGCGAGCAUCACAUUCGACGACUUUCUGCGAUGUCUCCGAGACAAAAAGGCGCAACGACGAGUGCAAUGCGUAAUCAGAUCACGCUUGCACAAUGUGUUUACGGAGAGGCAGUCGAAAGUGGCGCUCAGUGCUCACGACGACAAACGCAUUCUCCUACCCGGCAGCACGGACACGUUGCCAUGGGGGCAUUUCAGGGCCCCGCCACCACCACCGCCACUGCCACCACCACCACCACCACCACCACCGCAGCUACCACCACCACUACUGCCACCACCACCGCCGCAGCUACCACCACCACCUGCGCCCUGA